GCAUUAUUUCAGUCUUUUACUAUAGUAUUAUUACCGUUUUACACUUCAAACAAGUUAAUUUCCUUAGAAAACUUGUAAUCUAAAAGAAAAAAAUCACAAAUCAAUUAAUUUCAGUAUACAAACAUGUAGAUAUUGUCCGUUUACACACAUGUUAAUAUAAUAUAUCGAUUUAACUUGCAGGCAUUUUGGAUCAUCGUCAAGCACACGCGCUGAAUACAAACAAACAUGAACGAUGGGUUUGUUUGGAAAGUUGGCACUGAUAUUAGGCAUUCGCAAGAAAGAAGUAAAUGUUCUGGUGAUAGGUCUCAACAACAGCGGCAAAUCAACCGUAGUGAAUCAUUUCAAAGCCGAAGAUGAUAAAACUGAAGAAAUCGUGCCGACAGUUGGCUUUAACGUCGAAAAGUUUCAGAAUCAAAACUUAUCCUUUACGGCGUUUGACAUGUCCGGGCAUGGUCGCUACAGAGACCUUUGGGAGCACUACUAUAAAGAUUGUCAUGGAAUCAUCUUUGUGAUCGACAGCAGUGACCGUUUGCGGCUGGUAGUCGUCAAGGAUGAAUUAGACACACUUUUACAACAUCCAGACGUGUGUAAUCGUAAGCUGCCUAUUUUAUUCUAUGCGAAUAAGAUGGAUUGUAAAGAUGCGUUGAGUAGUGUGAAGAUCGCCGCUGGUUUAGGCCUGGAUAAGAUCAUGGACAAACCGUGGCAUAUUUCUGCAAGCAACGCCAUCACCGGUGAAGGUCUACAAGAAGGCGUCGAAUGGUUAACACAACAAAUACGUGAAAUCAUCAUGCGAACCAACUAAUAAGCAAUAAUAAAUUGAUUUUGAAUCGUGUAGAACAUAUGUUAGGUUAUACAAUUUGAAUAUGAGCAAAAAUAACAGUCAUGGAAGAGAACAAAAGUGUUUUACAUCAUUUCAAGUGCCAAAAAUAGACCACAUCUUGAAAAAUACAUAGUAAAUUGUUUGUUUUGCAUUUUGAGGUUAUAAAAGUUAUAAAUAACAUAACCUAAGCGACAAAUUGACAUUUUAUGCACUUUAUGCGUGAAUAAACCAAAAUUUCGAAGAUAUCUUAGAAAAUGUAUUUGUAAUGACUAAUAAUAAUAAGAGAUAAUCAUUAA